CAUAAACAAUCGCAGCUAUGUUCACAAAGUAAAAAUCUGUAAAGCUGGAAACUGUACAAAAAGUGUGUAGCUCUGUUAAUUGGAAUAAAAAAUGCAGUAAAAAGUGUGAAUUAAGAGCGGAAAUAAUAUACAAAUGGCUAUCCAAAAGCCAGGCGAGUGGGCGAACUCACUUUUAGCCCGUUUCGAAGACCAGCUGCCCAAUAAAAUUGGUUUGCAUGGCACCCAAGCGCGAUUGAGUCAAGAUCAGCUGACUGCCUGUCUUAUACAAAUUUCUCGUUAUCGCUUCUCACUAGUUAUAUCUGGACUCACCAAAAUGUUGCAACGAGUUAAUGAAGCGUCUAUGCAAAGUCGUCACGACGCUGAGCGUUGUUAUUUUGAAUCACUAGUCAUUAUAUUAACAACUCUGGAACGUUGCUUGGCUAAUCAGACAAAGGAUACGGCACGUUUUGAGGAAGCAAUGAAUGUUAAAUUACUUUUACGUGAAAUUUCGCAAUUCAUCGAUGUACAGAGUGAUAAUAAUCCAAAUGCAGCACAGUUGAAAGCUAUUGCUUCAAGAGUGCUAUUCGCACUUUCACAAAAUCAUUUUUCAGCUGUAUUUAAUCGCAUAUCAGCGCGUAUACAAGAGCUGAUCACAUGCUCAGAUGAGAAUCCUGAUUGUUGUGACAUUGAAUUAAUACAACAUAUUGACAUGGACAUAAAUAAACUAACAAAACUUUUGCAUGUGACCAAGUCGAGAUCGAAAAAGGCGCCACCUUUGAUAUUGUUACAUUCGUUAGAGAAAGCCAUUUGGAACUGGAUCGAAUAUCAUCCACAUGAAUUUCAGGAUCUGCAACGCGGCGUUGCAACAAAGGAUAUUUCAAGUUGCUGGGAAACAUUGCUGGAAUUUGUUGAAGCAUAUAAAGCUGAAAACAAGAAAAAUAAGACCACCGUCUGGCCACUGCAAAUGCUAUUGCUUAUACUAAAUCCAAGCUGCUUGGAAGCCACUGUCAAUGAAUUACAACAAUCGGAAAAGGAGAAAGAUAAAGAAAAAUACAGAGAUAGAGAUAGAACGUCGCUAACGCAAAACUCUGCGCAAACUGCACGUGAUAAAGAGCAAUCUGCUAAACAGUUUAUUGAGGGUAUUAAACGUGGUUUGGGGCCACACUCGCCCUCAAAGCAAGUGACUGAGUAUGCAGCUAUUGCUUGUGUGAAACUAUGCAAAGCCUCAACAUAUGUCAAUAACAACGAUUCGAAUAAUGUGCUCUUCAAAUUAGUGCAGUAUGUCAUUAAUGAUUUGAAAGCAUUGCUUUUUAAUCCGGUCAAGCCAUUCUCACGUGGUCAAGCAUACAAUUAUGCUGACAUUGAGCUUAUGAUCGACUGUUGGGUUUCACUAUUUCGCAUAAAUCCGCACAAUAUCGACACAUUAAAGGUCUGUCUCAAUUUGUCUUCACCGCAGGCGUAUCACUUUGUAAUUGUCUGCUCGCUGCUAAGAUUAACACACAUACAUGUGGAUUUUCGUCUACAAAAUAAAAACUGUUUCCGCACCAUCCAUCAGCCAAUACUAUCAUGGUGGGCCAAAACCAAUGUUGUACAUUAUCGUUCGGCAGAAUUGCGUGCACUCUUUACCGAUACCUUGAAUAAGGCCACACAAGGUUAUAUUGCGCACACGCCACUGCGUAUGAUAACAUCGCUGACGCUGAAGUCGAAAGAUACACAGAAAGGCUUAACGCGUUCCGAAGAAGGACCUGCACAUAAAAUGUUACUGCUUCUUUUGGUCCGGCUUAUACAUGCUGACCCGAUGUUGCUUUUAAAUACACAAGGCAAAGUGGCGCAUGAAAUGCAAAGUUCCUCACUCGAACUCAUCAAUGGCCUUGUGAGUCUCGUGCACCAACCCACCAUGCCCGAUGUAGCGCAGGAAGCUAUGGAGGCAUUACUAGCUUUACACUCAUACGAUAAAAUCGAAUUAUGGAAUCCACAGGCGCCAAUGAAUUGUUUUUGGGAUGUCAGUUCGCAGGUGCUAUUUUCAAUUUCACAAAAACUUAUACAACACCAGAUUGCCAACUAUACGGAUGUGCUGAAGUGGAUGCGUGGUAUAUUGAGUUGUCGCAAUGACUAUCUGCAGCGGCACAAGAAGUACGCACUGGUCGGUCAUGAGCUGCAAAUCUGUCGGCAGGCGCGCAUUAAACUGGAAGUGGUGUUCUUUAUGUAUCUGUGGUCAGUCGAUUUGGAUGCAGUGCUCACGUCACUCUCCUGCUUUGGCCUCUUAUGCCAAGAGUCGGAUAUUUUGUUGACGGCUGAUGAUUCGGCGACUGUGUUACCUGUUGCCAAUUAUCAAAUCUAUCAGGAGCUUACACAGUUAGCAAGCUCGGAUACACGCAUCUGUUUUUAUGAAACUAAUCAUGGCAAUGCAUACAACCGUCUUGCUCUGCAACGACGUAUGAUGAAUUUGUUGCGCAAAAUCGAGCACUGUGUUGAUGGUGUACAAACAGCGUGGGAAGAGACCUUUAGAAAUUGGGAACUCACCAGCAAAGUAUUGCAAACAUAUCCCAAAUAUAAAAGUGACGACAUCCAAGCAGAGCUCUUCCAUCGUGGCGUUGGCAAGCGUCGCGCAAGUCAUCAAAGUUCGGAACAUGAUUUAGAAGAACACAUCACUGAAUGGGCCAACAUGACAUGGUUUCUUCUAACACUUGGCGGUGUGUGUCUGCAAAAGCGUUUGGCUUCGCGUUGGAAGCAAAUGCAGUUACAAAAUAAUUCCGCAACUGCUGGUUCCAGUAGCGGUAUGCCAGCGACGGGCAAUCUCUUACAGUCGCAAAACAGUUUGGCGCAAUCGCAGAACACUUUAGCAGCAUCAGGCAGUUUGACUUCAAUAUCCUCAAUACCAGCUGUAUCGCUCUAUUCGCUCUACUCAUGUUCCACCAGUUCCGGACGUGGUUCUCUACUGCAUCCCAGCACCAUAUCAUUGACUACUAUAGUGCCGGUGCCACAGCAAGAUUUGCAAUACUGUCCGGUGUCACAAUUCAUCGGUCAAUUAUUGCGCUUGCUGGUGUGCAAUAAUGAAAAAAUUGGUUCUAAUAUUCAGAAAAAUGUGAAAGAUUUAAUUUCAGAAGAAAUGACGCCACAACUUUAUCCCAUAGUUUUCGAUCAAAUACGUUCGAUAGUUGAGAAAUUUUUUGAUCAACAGGGGCAAGUGAAUGUCUCCGAAAUCAAUACCGCCUUCAUCGAUCAUAUUAUACACAUAAUGAUUUCGAUAUUAAGUCCUCGACCCGUCAAGGAUCCGAAUAAUGAGCAAGUCGCUGCUUCCGAGUACCUGAGUGUGACGAGCAUUGAAGGCAUGAUGCUGGGCAUUGUGCGUUAUAUGCGUCAUCGUGAAAUGAAUGUGUCAGGGAUACGCGCCAAAGCGCACCUAUGUAAUUUAGUAGAGAUAAUGAUAAAACGUCGCGAUGAUUUGGCUUUCCGGCAAGAAAUGAAAUUUCGCAAUAAAUUAGUAGAGUACUUAACCGAUUGGGUUAUGGGCACCUCACACCAAAUAGUACCCACACCCAACGAACCACCGCCAUCAAAUCCCGCUGAGUUAUUCCGUGAACUCGAUAUAGCUUGUAUGGAAGCUGUAGCCGCUCUACUACGUGGACUACCUUUGCAACCAGAGGAAUCCGAUCGUGGCGAUUUGAUGGACGCGAAGAGCGCACUAUUCCUAAAAUACUUUACGCUUUUUAUGAAUCUCUUAAACGAUUGCAUUGAUAGCACUGAGGCAGAGAAAGAACUAAAUAAUCCACCACUACUCCCACCGCAUCCGCCUGUUAAUGGCAGAUUGAGCAUGUUACGCUUUUCCACCAUACAAGCGAUGUCAAAUUUGCUCGGCGCCAACAUCGACUCGGGUCUGAUGCAUUCCAUCGAUCUUGGCUACAAUCCCGAUUUACAAACACGCGCUGCUUUUAUGGAAGUGUUAACGCGCAUCCUAAAGCAAGGUACUGAAUUCGAUACGCUCGCCGAGACUGUGCUGGCUGAUCGAUUCGAACAGCUAGUCCAAUUGGUUACAAUGAUUAGCGAUAAGGGUGAGCUGCCAAUAGCGAUGGCAUUGGCUAAUGUAGUGACCACUUCACAAAUGGAUGAAUUGGCACGUGUGCUGGUAACACUAUUCGAUGCCAAACAUCUGCUUUCACCGCUCUUGUGGAAUAUGUUCUAUCGCGAAGUCGAAAUAUCCGAAUGCAUGUCGACACUAUUUCGCGGCAAUUCGCUUGGCAGUAAAAUAAUGGCAUUUUGUUUUAAAAUUUACGGCGCAAAUUAUUUGCAAAACUUAUUAGAGCCGCUAAUACGACCGUUGCUCGAUGAUCCGACCACUAGCUAUGAGGUGGAUCCAGCUAGACUGGAGCCCGGUGAAGAUUUGGAACGCAAUAAAGAAAAUCUAAUAUUGCUCACCAGAGUCUUCUUUGAAGCGAUACUCAAUUCAGUGGAUCGUUUUCCCUCACAAUUACGCUCAAUGUGUCACUGCCUCUAUCAGGUGUUGAGCAAACGUUUUCCCACCGUCUUGCAAACUAAUAUCGGUGCAGUGGGCACUGUGAUCUUCCUACGCUUUAUAAAUCCAGCUAUUGUCUCACCCCAAGAACUCGGCAUUGUUAAUCGUCAAGUACCCGCUUCGGUGAAGCGUGGUUUAAUGUUGAUGUCGAAAAUCUUACAAAACAUCGCCAAUCAUAUUGAAUUCUCUAAGGAACAGCAUAUGGUAUCAUUUAAUGAUUUUCUACGCUCACGCUUUGAACAGGGUCGUCACUUUUUCGUACAAAUCGCCUCGGAUUGCGAGACGGUGGACCAAACAUCGCAUAGCAUGAGUUUCAUCUCAGAUGCCAAUGUUUUGGCACUGCAUCGCCUGCUGUGGACACAUCAGGAGCGCAUUGGCGAUUAUCUCUCCAGCAGUCGUGAUCACAAAGCUGUCGGCAGACGUCCUUUCGACAAAAUGGCCACAUUGCUGGCUUAUUUGGGGCCGCCAGAACAUAAACCAGUGGAUUCACACAUGAUGUUCUCAUCCUAUGCGCGUUGGAGCUCUAUUGACAUGUCAUCAACGAACUUCGAAGAGAUAAUGGUGAAACAUCAAAUGCACGAAAAGGAGGAAUUCAAAAGCAUAAAAUCCAUGAAUAUCUUCUAUCAAGCUGGCACAAGUAAAGCUGGAUUACCCGUGUUUUACUACAUUGCAAGGCGUUACAAAAUUGGUGAAACGAAUGGCGAUUUACUGCUCUAUCAUGUAAUACUCACACUCAAAGCAUUCUGUCACUCACCUUUCGAAUUGCUCAUAGAUUUCACGCACACCUGUUCGGAUAAUCGCUUUCGCACCGAAUUUUUGCAGAAAUGGUUUUGUGUGCUGCCAACCGUUACCUAUGAAAAUUUAUACACCAUUUACAUUUACAACUGUAAUUCAUGGGUGCGUGAAUAUACGAAAUUUCAUGAACGCAUACUGGCGCCGAUUAAGAGUGAUCGCAAACUAGUGUUCAUCGAUUCGUCCAAUAAACUCAAUGAAUACAUCGACACUGAACAACAGAAACUGCCAGGCGCCACAUUAUCGCUAGACGAAGAUCUCAAGGUAUUCAAUAACGCGCUCAAACUUAGCCAUAAAGAUACCAAAGUUGCUAUAAAAGUUGGACCAACUGCAUUGCAAGUUACAGCAGUGGAGAAAACCAAAGUACUCGGUCACUCAGUGCUGCUGAACGAUGUCUAUUAUGCCUCCGAAAUUGAGGAAGUUUGUCUGGUGGAUGAUAAUCAAUUUACGCUCUCCAUAACGAAUGAAAGCGGUCAGCUAAGCUUUAUACACAACGAUUGUGAUACCAUUGUACAGGCCAUAAUACAUAUACGCAAUCGUUGGGAGUUAAGUCAACCGGAAUCGGUGACGGUGCACCAGAAGAUACGCCCUAAAGAUGUGCCCGGUACACUUUUGAAUAUGGCAUUACUUAAUCUAGGCACCUCAGAUCCCACCUUACGUUUAGCUGCCUAUAAUUUACUCUGCUCACUCACCUGUUCGUUUGAUUUGAAAAUUGAAGGUCAACUAUUAGAGGCACACGGUUUGUGUAUACCAUCGAACAAUACAAUUUUCAUUAAAUCCAUUAGUGAGAAAUUAGCCACCAAUGAACCACAUUUAACGCUCGAAUUUCUAGAGGAAUGUAUACAGGGUUUUCAGCGCAGUACAAUUGAGUUGAAGCAUUUAUGCUUGGAAUAUAUGACACCGUGGUUGAAUAACCUAUUGAAAUUUUGUAAAUCCAACGAUGAUGCCAAAAAGCUAAAGGUCGCACAAAUUUUAGAUAAAUUAAUUUGUCUUACAAUUGAACAGAAGGAGAUGUAUCCAUCGGUGCAGGCGAAAAUUUGGGGCUCUAUUGGUCGCAUACCCGAUCUUAUCGAUAUGGUGCUGGACAAUUUUCUACACAAAUCGAUAACAUAUGGUUUGGGUUCGCCGCACGUGGAGAUUAUGGCCGACACGGCUGUAGCGCUCGCUUCUGCGAAUGUGCUGUUGGUCUCGAAGAAGAUAAUAACGCGCAUGUGCCGCGUCUUGGAUAAGACCUGCACAAAUCCAACACAGUUUCUGGAACAGCAUAUGAUGUGGGAUGAUAUAGCGAUACUGACGCGUUUUCUACUCAUGUUAUCGUUCAAUAACUGUCUUGAUGUUGUAACACAUUUGCCAUAUCUAUUUCAUAUUAUCACAUUUUUGAUCUGCUCCGGUUCCGUGACAAUGCGCGCCUCCAUACACGGUCUCGUCGUCAACAUCAUACACUCGCUGACUACUUGCACUAAACCAACUUUCUCCGAGAAUGCAAAGCGUGUGCUCCGGCUGGCACUCGAAGAAAUCUCACUAUACAAAUUCUAUGCUCUAUUCGGUAUAAGCAAAGUCAAAUCGGCCGCUGUAACAGCCUUCCGUUCGAGCUAUCGUCAUCCAUCCGACAGAUGGUUGGGCAAUGAGCGCGUCUGUCAAAUGCUACCAGCUGAUGUAGAGCGAAUAACAUUGCCCUCAUUGGAAGAGGUGGUUGAUUCAUUGUCGGAGAUCAUGUCGGUUUGCAUGCCCGAUGUGCCAGAUUGCCAAUGGCUGGAGACAUGGACGACAUUGUCACGCAGUUUUGCCUUCUGUUACAAUCCCGCGUUGGAACCACGUGCGCUCAUAGUUUACGGUUGCAUUAGUAAAAGCAUAACCGAUCAGGAAGUGAAACAAUUAUUGCGCAUUUUGGUUAAAGCGCUGGAAUCAUUCAACGACAUUACACUAAUCGAGGCUAUCGUAUUGUGUUUAACGCGAAUACAACCUCUACUGAGACCUGAGUCGCCCAUACAUCGCGCUCUAUUCUGGGUUGCUAUCUCUGUACUGCAGCUGGACGAAGUAUCGCUGUAUGACGCCGGCUUGGCGUUUCUCGAACAAAAUCUGCAUACAUUGGAACGUCAGGGUUGCUUCGAUCACGAGAGCAUUGCCGAUGUUAUGAUGCAGACACGCGAAAAACUUGAGUGGCACUUCAAACAACUCGAUCAUGCAGUUGGCUUAUCAUUUCGCAGCAAUUUCCACUUUGCACUCGUCGGUCACUUAUUAAAAGGCUUUCGUCAUCCCACACCUUCAACCGUCUUUCGCACAUCCCGCAUACUCGGCACGCUGCUAAGUCUUGUCGCCAAACCUUUUCAUCGCGACAAAUUCGAAGUGACACCAGACAGCGUUGCCUAUUUGACGGCAUUGGUAGCCGUUUCCGAGGAGGUGCGCUCGCGCUGCCAUGUCAAACAUGCCAUACCGCGUUGGACCACCGAUUUGAGCAUUAUGGAAAAUGGCGAAACGAUCUUUUAUGGCAAUCAGAAUACGCUCGGCAUGUCGUUACCACGUCGCCAAAAGUCCUGGGAUAUUCUUGAUCAAUCCGCUUUACAGUUUGCGCGUCAUCACAAAGGACCUACACAUCAGAAGAAUGCCAAAGUUUUGUUUAAAACACAGCGCUCUUUUUCGGUGCCAACAACAAAAGAACCGAAUAAUACGAGCACUAUCGAAGAACGCCAGGAGCGUGGUUCGCGUUCAUCUGUUUCCAAUGAGUCCAAUGUACUAUUAGAUCCCGAAGUGCUCUCCGAUUUGUCCACACAAGCGCUGGUAUUAACCGUUUUGGCCACAUUAGUGAAAUAUUCAACAGACGAGAAUGAGACACGCGUGCUAUAUCAGUACCUGGCCGAGGGUUCGGUCGUCUUCCCCAAAGUAUUUCCCGUCAUACACUCGCUGCUAGAUCAGAAGAUUAACAAUAUACUAUCAGUCUCACACGAUCAAGUCGUUUUGAAUUCCGUACAAAGCAUCAUACAGAAUAUGCUCGCCAGCGAGGAUCCUUCACAGCAGCAACUACAUUUCCUGCAAAGUUGCGGUUUUGGUGGACUCUGGCGGUUCGCUGGCCCAUUUACCAAGUACACCAUGAUGGGCGAAUCAUCUGAAUUAUUCGUCAACUGUUUGGAGGCCAUGGUUGAAACAUGCCUGCCAGGUGAUGAGACUGUGCCGGUGCCGCCAUCACCACGUCCAUACAAUUUGAGUUCGAGCCUCAGCAGUCUUACUUUAGGUUCACCAACUGAUAAAGCUGCAUGAAUAACAACCAGCCAACGCGGCCGACGUACAACAUUAUUCGCGCGAGUAUUUCGUUUUCUAAACUUCUUUAAAAAAUGUUUUUAAAAACCGAAGCAGCCAACACAAAAGCAAAAAAGCGGACGAACAAAGUAAGUCCAAAUUAAAAUUUGAUGACCAAGUGAGAGACAGAUAAGACGAAAGUAGAAGACACGAAUGAAGAUUUCUACAAAACAAUGUUAAGCAGGGAUUGUGACAAGUACAGAGGCCAUGAAUGUGCCAAGGAAACGAAACUCACAGUGAUACUUACAUUACAUUUUAUGUAUGUAUGUGUGCGUAUGUAACGCUGUGUGGAAGUUCGAUUUCCACUUAAAUGUAGGGUUAGGGUAGCAAGAUUUUGACCGACAAAAGAAGAAAUUGAACAACUUAACCACCAGCAUCGAAUUUAGGUGUAAUAAAACAACAAAAGUAAAAGCAAAAUUGAAACUAAAACUUAAAGAGAAAAUGUUAAAAACAAACAAAAAUGUGUGUGUGUGUGUGUGUUUGAAGAAACUAAGCAAAUUUAAUUAAAAAAAAACAAAAACAAGAAAAACAUAUUUUAAUCUGUGUGCCUGUGUGUAGUAAGAGCGCUUGUAUAUGUGCGUCAUGUGUCAUGCUUUGAAUGUAACUAACGCUUUGUUCUGGUUUUUGUUAUACAUAUAUUUAACUUGUAAGAUUUUAAAGUUACUAAUUGAAAUUACUUAAGCAUAAAAUCAUCGAUGUGGUCUUACUAAUGCACACUAACAAACCUAAGCACAACUAGAUACCAUGAACUUAUUGCGUUUAAUAAAACAAAAUCAAAAUCCAACUGAAAGUAUUGAUCAGGGCUCGAUAUUUACAUUUGGGAUCCGAAAUUUCAGCGUGAAUGUAAAAUUUCUGAUUUUUCCGUUAACAGUUGAGCGCUGAAGCAAUUGUUUGCAAAUCUAUCAGUAACCGUGGGUAAGUCUACAAGUUAAUAUUGCCCGAGGAUUUCCGGCUAAAACUUCCGGUCCUCAUGCUGUUUGCGUUUCAGUAAUAAAGUAGUUUACUGUGCCGUGAUUCCACAAAGUUCAGCGCACCCAACCAAUUUUCAAACAAAGAAAGCUGUAAGCUAGCAAUGAUUAACCUUCGCUCAGACUUCAUUCUCAAAUCCUUAAGGGGGGAAACCAGUUUAGAUGAUUCCAAAAAAUCGAUUUUUUGUAUUGCAUAAAUUUUUAGUACAACUAUUCAAGAAUAUGUUGCUUAAGUUUCAUAACGAAAUUCCAAUUAGUUCCGAUGAUAUGAGCACUAAGGUAAACACUGGUCGAUUCAGUGCCGAAGCGAACUUUUUUUUUUUCAAAUGCGUUUUUCUCGUAUCGAUUUUUUUUCAACUUGCGGGAAUCCCGGCUCGAAAAGUUAUUGCCGAAUCGAUCUGAAAAUUUAUUCAAGUCAGAAAAAUAUGAAUCAAACUCUGGAAUGAUAUUAUUAAGUAAAAUAUAAUUUUUUAUGUAAGAAAGGUAAAAAAAAAUAUAUAAAAUCAUAACAUUUUGUUCAAACACCUCCAAAACAUUUAAUUUUCAACUCUUUUGGCCAGAGUUUGGAAAGUUUAUUCUUAGAAAAUAUGUUUCUAACGAAGUGAAAAAAAAUUAAUGAUUGCAGGUCAAAACUGUGACCUCCUGGUGCCCCGCCAGUAGUCAACUCUAAUGGCGAUCGUCAAUGGACAUCUCCCUCUAACUUCAACACUUUCGGCGGAAAUGGCAUCGAAAAAUUUAAGAGUGUAGUUCAAAAUUGGAAUAAACUACAAGUUUAAAAGAAUUCUAAGUAUUUUUUCUCAGUUAAAAAAAAUAGCUUUCCUGCUACUGAGAACGGAGUGCGCUAUGUUGCUUAACUGAAUACUCGCUAUGUAGAUGUUUUUGAGGAGACCUUAAGAGGCAUAUCGAAAUUGAUUAACCAUAAAACUGUCCGGUGAGGAAUUUCUACAAUUUUGCACACCAUAGAACAGAAUUGAUUCGACUGAAGGCCACUUAAUCUUUGGGGAGAGAGCUAAGGGUUAAUUCAUAGACCCGCUACUAUAAAGCAGGAAUACUUUGUUGUUCAUUUGCUCCUUUCCUUCUGACAAAAAUGAUUGUCAAUGAGGUAGACCGUGUCUUGAUUAACUACAAACACAAUAAUACUGAUAUCCUCAGUAUGAGAGAUACUUCUGCUGCCUUCGGUGCAAUCAUUAAACAAGAAAAGGUUUUAAUAGAUCCCAUAGAUUUUUAUCUGGACAGUGGCUGUAAACACGGCAGCAUAUCCCAAUCAUUUGAGGUUUUCUGAAUGUUUUCUGCCGCUAUAACAAUAACAGCAAUAUUCGUUGUAGACAAUAAACACUUUCUACAGAUUUGCGGCGCUAAUGUUGCUGUUCGAAGUCGACAGCUUCACAGCAUUAAGAUUGCUCUUACUCACUACAGUUCUACUGCUCUUGCUAACGUCUUUUCAUAGAUUGAUCCAUUUCAAAAAGCAUUGCAUGUGUUCGUUGGAACCAUCUUGGAAUGUAACAAAAACAAAAAUGCUAUUAGAUCUAUAGAUGUAUCUAUAUUCAAUUGCGAUAACAACCCGCUGCCCACCAGAUGCAACUUCCAGUUGGAGUCUCUGAUAUUAAUUCAACUGAACAAAUAUUUUCUUUACCUUAAUGUGCUUACACUAUAUAAUAAAUCUAAAUAAAAUUAGCACAAUUUGCAUUAACAAUUUCAACUCGCGUCACAAAUUUUACUAAGUCGAUAUCGUUAAGUUCCUGCACCACAUCUACUUAUACUAUACUACUCGUAUUACUGGUACCUACUUCUAAUGAUUACUACUAAAAAGCUUCUCUAGCUAAAAAAAAACACUGAAUUUUUUAUUAUUGUAUUUCUUCUGCAAUAAUUUAUUUACGAAUCACACAAUUUUAUUGUAUACGAUUUUAUAAGUUUAUUUAUUAAAAUUUUUAUAUGCCUUAUUUUAUGUUGUACUUUCUACCAAAUCUACAGGGUUAUAAUCUUGCAUCACAAAAAAUUUUUUGUUGCAAAAUAACUGCGAAAAUGUUGCUAAAAUUAAUGGGCAAAUUAGAAGUUUUAAGUUAGUCUGAAGUUUAUUUAUAUACAUAUAUCCUUUCUAGAAAAUUGAAAAUUUAUAUUUUGGAGAAAUUAAUGCGAUUGUGUUUUUCUGUAUUAUAUUUAUUACUUUGCGAUGUCAGGAUAGUAAGCUAAAGAUGUAUUUUUAAAUUAAAUAUUCGGCACAUUAUAAAUUCUCUUAAUACGCCAUAAAGGGUGUGGCGCGCCAUGGCGGAUGAACUCAUUCGGGCCUUCUUUGAUACUUUGCUCCACAGCAACAAUAGCGUCUACAGUGAACACUGUGCGGCAUCUCACUUUUAAUCCGACUUUCGGUAUUCUAUCUUUCACUUCCACUAUAUAAUUUCCACAUUUUUUUCCGAAUUGAAUUCCGAGUGAAAAUGAAUGUUCUGAAAAAGAAAAUAUUCGUUUAUUAAGUUUAUUAUGAUAAUAAAAUUAAUUGUUAAUUAUUAAAGAAAAAAAAAGAUAUAUCUGGCUUGAAAACGGUAAAAACCAGAAAUUCUAAAAAUUCUCUAUUCUAAAGUAGUUUUCUUAAGUACCUUUGAAAUUAUCUACUACUACGAUCCAUGAAAAAAUGAAUAUCCUUCCCUACGGAUUUUUGAACAGCGCCUUCGCCUAAAAAUCUUACCGUGGCCGCCAGCUACCUUUAUCUAAAUGGGGAAGCACAACUAAUUUUUAAUGAAAUUCAAA